AUCCGAAGAAGAAGAACCGGGGCGGUCUUGUUUUUGUCGGUCGCUGCUCUCAGCACCUCAGCUGUGAACAUGCGGAUAGAAAAAUGUUAUUUCUGCUCGGGACCAGUGUACCCUGGUCAUGGAGUCAUGUUUGUACGGAACGACUGUAAGUCAUUCAGGUUCUGCAGAUCAAAAUGCCACAAAAACUUCAAGAAGAAGCGUAACCCCAGAAAGACCCGAUGGACCAAAGCAUUCAGAAAGGCCUCAGGAAAGGAAUUGACAGUGGACAACGCUUUAGAGUUUGAGAAACGCAGAAACACCCCUGUUAAAUAUAACAGGCUGCUCUGGGACAAGACAGUGGAAGCAAUGAAGAGGGUGGAGGAGAUCAAGCAGAAACGACAGGCCAGAUUUAUCAUGAACAGAUUAAAGAAGGGCAAACAGUUGGAGAAGGAGGAGGCCAUCGUCGAAGUGAAGAAAAAUAUCCAUCUUAUCAAAGCGCCACAUGCCGGAAAAGCAAAACAAAUGGAAGCCAAAAUGGUGCAGAAGUUACAAGAGGACGUGGAAAUGGGGGAUGAAGAUAACUGAUCUUCUGAACAAGGAUCUUCUGUUCUGUGUUAAAACUUGUGAGCAAGUUUAUCGUGUUUUAUUUUAUACUUCUGUUUUGGCAUCAGGUUUCCGGUUGGCUGAUUACAGACACAUGAAUGCAUUCAGCUUAAGAUGACUGUAUGACGAGAAAGAUCUGUGAGAAACAUAAGCCACACAUAUCCCACUAAAUUUAUAAUAGCUGGGGCUGUAAAGACAUCACUUCAUUCGGUUGCAUUGUAUAUUGUAUAAGAGUGCAGAAAAUGGACAAGAAUAAAACCCUUUUUGUGA